CAGCAGGUGCCGCUUGCCAUUCACAAUCAGCUGCAUGCGCCGGAAGAAAUAUUUUGGACUAAACGUUUUUUCUGUAAUUAUUGCGUUAAAAUAGUGAAACUGUUAAUCCAAUCGCCUGCAGGAUGAGGCUGCUGCACAAGACGCUGCUCAGCGGGCUGCUGGUGGUGGCGGUACUCGCGAUUUACACGGCCGCUCAGUCGAAAUCUAAGUCGGCACUCUCGCUGUCGGAGAAAGUACAAAAUCUGGUGGAGAUGAACGCGAAGAAGCCGCUGCUCCGCUUCAAUGGACCCAAGUUCCGGGAGUACGUGAAGAAUGCCCCCCGGAAUUACUCGAUGAUCGUAAUGCUCACUGCCUUGGCUCCCUCACGGCAAUGUCAGAUCUGCCGGCACGCCCACGAUGAGUUCGCCAUCGUGGCCAACUCGUACCGCUUCUCGUCCACUUACUCCAACAAACUUUUCUUCGCCAUGGUGGAUUUCGAUGAUGGCUCCGAGGUUUUCCAGCUUCUGCGCCUGAACACCGCCCCCGUGUUCAUGCAUUUCCCGGCCAAGGGCAAGCCAAAGGGCGCCGACACCAUGGACAUCCAUCGCGUCGGCUUUGCCGCCGAUUCCAUUGCGAAAUUCGUGGCCGAGCGUACGGACAUCACCAUCCGCAUCUUCCGUCCGCCCAACUAUUCGGGCACCGUGGCCAUGAUCACACUGGUGGCCCUGGUUGGCAGCUUCCUCUACAUCCGGCGCAACAACCUGGAGUUCUUGUACAAUAAGAACCUGUGGGGAGCCAUCGCAGUGUUCUUCUGCUUCGCCAUGAUCUCGGGCCAGAUGUGGAACCACAUCCGUGGACCGCCGCUGGUGCACAAGUCCCAGAACGGCGGCGUGGCCUACAUCCACGGCUCCUCGCAGGGCCAGCUGGUGGUGGAGACCUACAUCGUCAUGUUCCUGAAUGCCAUGAUUGUGCUGGGCAUGAUUCUGCUGAUCGAAUCGGGAACUCCAAAGAGCCACAACAAGAACAGGAUAAUGGCGAUGACUGGUUUAGUGCUCCUCACCGUCUUCUUUUCCUUCCUGCUGUCCGUUUUUCGGUCGAAGGCGCAGGGUUAUCCCUAUAGUUUCUUGUUCAAAUAGAAUCGACUGCAGUCCUGUUCCAGUUCAAGUUCACCCCUGUAUCGUUUUGUAGUUAAAAUCACCAGCGAGCACAUAUUUUCUGUGCGUGUAAAACGACUUUAAUAAAUUCCACUACUAAAUUA